AUGGCGCCUUCUCCGGAGGCGCCGUCGCCGGCCCCUGCCACGGCACCACACACCCCUCCGCCUCGCAGCCCUGGCCCCGCUGGCGGCCGGUUCCCCUCCUCCUCGGACAAGGGCUCCCCGAAAAAGCCACAAGCACCGACGCCCGCGGCUUCCUCGGACGGAGGCGUCGUGGCAGCAGGAGCACAAGCGGGAGAAGCAGGAGUAGCAGCAGUAACAACAACAACAACAACAGGAGGAGGACGAGGAGGAGGAGGAGGAGGGACAUCACCCUCGAAAACCGGUCUCAGUCAAGCACAGGGACCGGCGCCGGGGCAGUCAGCCCGACGGUCGCGAGCGGACGUCCCGAGUGGCCCCAUUCGAUCGUCGCCGUCUAACAGCCCCCCCCUCAGACCGCUGUCAGGUUCGUUCGGCCCCGGAGCGGGGCUUUCGUACAGUGGGCUUGUUCCCGCCGUGUUGCCGUCGGGCGCCGUGGCUGGCGUCGCUGGACCAGGCGGCGGGGCUCUUUCGGGAGUGUACCUUGGCGCUCUAGGGUACGGGGGCCGGGGAGGCGGUAGCGGCAGCGCGCAGCAGCAGCAACAGCAACAGCAACCCUUGUAUCCAAUUUCGCUGCCGCCGGUAUCCCCUGCGUCCGCGAGCUCGUCGGUACGUUUCGUGGCCGGAGUCUCGCCCGCCUCAGCGUCGAGCUCGCACCAGAGAGGGAUGUUUUCGAUGAUAUCUUCUGGUACCACCCCGCACGGGUCGGAGCUGGCGUACUCCCCGUCGCCGUCGGCGGGAGACAAGCUCCAAGAAGCCCAGAGGCAGCAGCGAGUACGGCUCGGGUCUCGAGAGCUGCAAGCCACUUCCGCGGCUUCCGCCGGCGCGGCAAAGAGCUUCACACGGCAUCGGGCCUCGAGCAACAGCACCAGCGACAGCAUCAGUCGAGCAGGGGGUAGCGGACGCGUGGGUGUCGUCGUCGGCAGCGGCAGGGCGGAGAGGACCGCCGAAGGCAACGACGUGGGCAGCGAGGUCGGGAGCAUCGGCGGGAUCAGCGAAGUCGGGGCGGGAGGCGACGUUAACAGCGUACACAGCGGGGAAGGGGCGGCGGCCAUCGGCGACGGGGCCGGCGAUGGCGAGCGACUCGGGGACUACAAAGCCGGAGACGGCAACGACACGCUGAGUGAUGACGGCCGGCACAUGGGAAGCGAGGACGGCGACACGGACGGCCUGGUCGGGAGCUCCUUCCUCACAAACUUCGGCGAUCACGGCGCCGUAGCCACGGCGGCAGGCGUCAGCGUCGGCGUAGUCGGGGGCGGCGGCGCCGUAGAGGGCUGGGCGCCGGUAAGAGCACUGAGAGCCCCCCCCCGUUCCUACCGACACAACCACCCCAGGAUCCAACCGACCCACGUCUCUCCCAGAGUGGGACCAUCGAACCCGCCGCAGAAGCCCCCCCCCGCGGACGACUCAGGGUUGGGCGGGGUACAGCUUUUGUCUUCGCCGGGGGGCACCGGAGCUCUGGACGCGUUUUGCUCUCCGCUCUCGGAAGCUACGGCGGCGGCCGCCGGGUCGGAGAUGACGCAUGCAGCGAAACUCAAGACCUCGGUUCGUUUCGGGGGCGUGGGCGACAUCCGGGCCAACUUGGGCAGGGCCGACAAGCAGCAGCUGGUCUCGAGGGAUGGGGAAGGCGUUUCCCUCCUGAUGCACGCCGCGCAGCGAGGCGAGACCGACGUCUUUCGGGUCGUGCUGGACAUCCUGGCGGAGAAGCUGUCGGAGCAGGAGGCGAGUUGUAUGCUUGAGGAGUUCUGUGGGCAGGAUGAAGACGGCCAGACGCCGCUGCUGUUCGCAGCGAGGAGCGGCAGCGGGGCAGUCUUCAGGCAGGCCCUCAAAGCUCUGAACGCUCGGGCACCUCCCGAGAAGGUGCUCGAAGAGCUUACCGCUAAGGAGGAAGGGGACUGGACACCUCUCAUGGCAGCCGCAGAGAGCGGUAGCGUGGAUUGCUUCCACGAUGUGGUGCGCGCGAUACUGGAGCGAGGGUCGGAGGACAAGGUAAUGAGCGAGCUAAUGACCAAGGACAACGGGGGUUGGUCGCCUCUGAUGUUCGCUUCCCGCAGAGGAAACCGCUUUGUUUUCUUCGCGGCUUUGCAGGCGUUCAUCGACAGGGGAGAAGAAGGCUCUCGAUUGUUGAAGGAACAACUACUGGCGGGCAGCGAAGACAGGGAGAAGGGGUCCAUCUUGGAGUCGGUGGCUAUGGCCGGGUGGUUGUCACGGGGUCCCCAGCUUCAGCCUGCGGUGUUGGAGUUGCUGGACUCCGCGUGGGACGAGCUUGAGAGGAGUGUGGACGACCGCUUGUUGGUGUCCGCCGAACAAGAGGCGUUCCAGCACGCCGUAAGACAGCGUGACCUACUUGGGUUGUCUUGUGUAUUGUCGCACGGCUUUCGCUUGAGCCCGGUGCUCAUCGAGGGGCUCGUGGAGUCGUGCGGGCCGCGUUGCGUGAGGGACUGCUUCCUGGAAGCUGUGGCUUCGGCCAGAAACCCCCUUGUUCCUUCCCUGGGUUUGCUUUCGUCGGUCUCCACCGCGAGAAAAGAGGCGUCCUGUCCGCUACAUGCCUCGUGGUUUCUCUUGAUGCAGAACACGCUCGAGAAGCUUGUCAUACAGGUUUUGACGAAUCUCCCCGUGUCAGCGCGUGCCUUCAAUAAGCGUGGGAUUGGCGGCGGCAGGAGCAACAUCUUCAGCAGGAUGAACAGCUUCGCCCCGAUGAACAGCGGCUCGAGCAUGGUAGGCGCUGGAGGCGGCGGUGGGAGUGGCGGCGGUGGUAGUAGAGGUGGUGGGAACAAUCGCCACCGACGCUUCGUCAAAGGCAAUAGUUUCAACUCUGGGAACACCACCUCGGCAACGACAGGUGCUGCUUGUAGUGGUGGCGGAGGGGGGGGCACCAACGGGACGGUGACGACGGGGCCCCACUGCGGUACUGUACUCCUGCCUGGACUGGGACAGGAGGCAGGGUCUGGGAAGGCUGGCGAUUCCAGAUGUGGCACGGUGAUCUUCAACGCCAGAGCCAAAGAGAGCCUGUUGGUUGCGGAAUGGGUGUUCGAGCCGGAGUCGGAGGCGGUUGGCAUGCGGGGUGCGGCGUUCGAGGGGCCUUUGGCAUUGGCUCUGCAAAUGGGAUGGACAGAGUUGGUGUGCUCGCCCCUUGUACUAGACCUGCUGUGGGCGAAGCUUACGGCCGGGGUGGAGCUCGACGUGCACUCGUGCGGAGCCAAUCCCGCCCAGGUGCCGGUAGAAAAGAGGGCAAGAGAGGGAAGGAGGGGGAUGCUCGCGCGGUCGGCACCGGCGCCGGCGGUGACAGCGGCAACACCCGUCCACAACACUGCGGCGGCGGCGGCGGCGGCGGCGGCGGCGGCAGCAGCAGCGGCGGCGGCGGAUGCGACCGCGACGAGAGUGGAAAGGAUGGACCCGGCACGAUCAUCGCCUGGGAACUCGAAGCACGCCGCUGCCAGCUGGGAUAUUACCAUCGCGCCUUCGCUGCAGGCCGUCCUUGUGGGAGUUGCAUCAAGACCAGACGUGUUUUAUCGGGUGCCGGCCGCCAGACUCGCCCUGGACGCUGUCGUUUACCUGUUGAUGCUGGCGAUCUACACGGUCGCUCUGUACAGAGUUGAGCCUGGGAGCAUCGGCCCUUGGGAGGUGCUCUUGUACAUCUGGGUGCUGAGCAUGUGUUUCAGCGAGGUGACUACGGGUGCUGGGGGGGUUGUUGGCGAUGCGGACACGGAGCGGAGGGAGGGGGGCACCCCGGCAGAGCCCCUGCGACAACGACGUCGAGACUACCGUGGCGAUGCGGUAGACGGCGAGUGGAUGUGCUUCCAGGGUUUCGUGGCCCUCUUCGCUUCGGCGGCGCCGUUGCUUCUCUUCCGGUUGCUCAGAGGAGUUGCUGCGUUUCUUCCGGUGCUAGGCCCCGCUGUCAAGGCGAUAUCCUUGCUGGCGCGAGAGGCGUCCAAGGUUCUCCCCAGCCUGGCGUGCCUUCUCCUCGGAACGGCACUAGCCUUGCACGUCAUGUACGGCGACGGUUCCCCCCUGCUGGAGGGGACGGAGCUAUCCGGGGGCUUCGUGGAUGGGUUCCGGACGUUCGGGGUGUCGUGCAGGACCGUCGCGAGGGCCGGGUUUGGAGACAUCCAAGUGCCGGACGAGGACGUUCCGUACGGCGAGCCCCUUUACGUGCUCCUCUACGUGUUUGCUGCGGCCGGGGCGCUGGCGUUGGUGAGCAUUUAUGUCGGGGUUUUAUCGAACGUAAAGGAGGCCAGUCCCGUCGAGAUGGAGAAGAACUUUCAGCUCGCAAGAGCAAGGUUGAUAGUGCGAGCGGCGGAGGCUUCCAGGCGCAACGUUUUGCCGCCGCCCUUUAACUUGGCGCAGGGAGGCUUGGCGCUGGUGGUAUCGGCAACCCAAUGCCACCGACAUGUGUCAGAGAGACGACAGGCCGUGUCAGGCGCGUGUUCGGUGCAUGGACGGUUCGUGUUCUGGCUAGUCCUGGGACCCUUGGCCGUAGCUUCGGCGAUGCUGCUGAACUUGGCCGCGCUCUUCUAUUUUUGGUGGUUCAGCGUGAAGCGCCUGUUCGAAGAUCCCCGGCGGGCCCCGAGGAUGCUGUACGUCCUCUUACGCACCACGCUUCGUUGCGGAGUGUGUGCCCCCCUCAGGCUGCUGGGGUGGUGGGUUGCGGCUGUGUCGUGCGUGCUCAAAGGAGACAAGGCGGGACAGAGAGCGCGGACGGUUGCGAGAAAGGCUGUCCUGAAGGGGAGAGAGGGCGGGGACUACCACCUGUCGCAUCUCUUGAGGCGAACUAGGUGGGGGGCGGGAGGAGGAAGCAGCAGCCUCGCGCAGGGCUUUUCGGUGCGCGACAUCGUGGCGGCGAUGGACGAUCCGCUGCAGAGAGGUGGUCCCUUUAGAAACGUAACGUCGUGCUUCGCGGACGAAGGGCCGAGCACGGUGGCGCAGAUGAAGGCGUUAGCCAAGCGCAACCACGAGAACGAAGCACGCAUUUCGGACAGGCUUAAGGGGCUCGAGGUGGCCGUGCUUGGUACUCUCGCUCGUAUGGACGCCGUUUCAGAGGAGACCGCCAAAGUGCAGCAGGAGUAUCUCGCAUCGCAGUCCGUCCGGUUAUAGCAGCAAAGCAAGCAUUCAACGUUGUCAAGAUUGCGAGGGUUGAUAUUGUGUUGUUCAUGUCGAAAAUCGCGGUCAUGACAAGCGAGAGGUAGGAGGGACCAACGAAGGGGACAGAUGGCGGGAGCCAUGGGCACGGAGGUUGGUUCUACCGUCCAUGCCGGAGGUGACUUCACCGGCGUUGCAAUGGGCUAAAAAAUGCUUGAAAAGAAUGACGGCAAUUGGAAGAUUAAGAGAGAGGGAGGUGUGUGCGUGUACGGUGAGGUACGGCACUAUUAAAGGUUCUGCUGGCUGUGCAGAAGAAGCGUAAGGAUUCGAAAUAUAGAGGGUAAUUGGGCAGGAAGGGUGACUGCCGGCGGCGGCUUUCGGGUGGAUGGUCUCGUCGUGGACGGAAAGUAAAUGUUAAUGUUAAUGUUGAGCUGGGGGGGAAUUUUGCACGGGGUGACUGGUUGUGUGUAUGUGUGUUUAUUUCUCUGGAGACAUCAUGAUGGAAACAACCACAGUGACCGACCUUUUUUUUUUCGAGCGACGUGCGUGAGAGGAUAGAUCCGUACCAUGUGGGAACGUUUUGGUGUUUGCGUGCUUGGUGGGGAAGCGGGUUGGCUUCUGGAUUUUACAUAUCCUGCUGGAGCGAUAUAGCCUGCAGAGCACCACGAUCGAUGCUGUGGCAAAGGGGAGCAAGCGUAGGGGGUGGGGUAGGCUGGGCGUAUUGUUUAUUGGUGACGUGUGUGAUGGUUUCAAGUGGAAAACGGCGGCGUAGAAACAGAGGCACCGAUGGCGUCGGUGGGGUUUAUGCGUGUGUGUGGUAGAAAGCGCUUUCGGAUGGUAUGGUGCUCGGUCGAUGACUGACGAUUGUUGUUACGUCUCAGGUGUUUUAUAUUUUUUCUUCGUGAUUGCUAUGGUGUUUUACACCCAUACAGGAGCAUGAUUGUUGAGGUGGACUAUGAGCUUGGCUUACGUAGCCUGCCGUCAGCUGGCAAGCCGGUUCACCCGCGCCACCACUUCACGUUGGGUAUAAUCACAUGGGUUUGCCGCUUUGCCAAAGGUUAGCGAGAGGGUAGAAUGAUGCCCUGUAGAGGCAACGGGGCACAGCGGUUUCAGCCGAGUGUUUAAUCAGCUCGUAGCUUGCAUUUACUGUUGCUUCCGUUCUCGACCGCACCAUGACUUACUGAAACUGGGGAUUAGCGUUUUUUCCGCUGUUAGCAGGAAGCGGUCUAACUUGUCGGCGCUCACUGUGCACGACACCACAGCCAGUCAUCUUUGCAGUAUUUCAUGGUUUGCUUAGCGUAGAGUUGUAUAAAGGGGCGGAAGCCUGGAGCAUGGAGCAUGAUGCCCCUGAUUCCAAUACGGCUCAUUUGUUGUGUUGACCUUGUAUUCGAAUCCCUGUUGGUCUGAAAUAGAGUAUGAUGUGGGUAUCGACUGGCCUGCUUGGUCUUGUAUGUAUUUGUCCUUGCCUCUUGUUUCCGCGCCGUCCGCUACGGCGUCCCCAUCUUUUCGAACGAAGGGUUUGAUGUGUAGUGUUGUUCUGUUUGGCUGUUUGGACCUUUGGUGUUUUGUUCGGGUUCGAUGGAUUCUCCUUCCUCUCUCGAGUUUCUCUCCGAAUUUCGUCUGUCGUUGCAAACCAGCACAAACACCAGAAAACGUUUGGUUCGGCUCCGUGUACGUUGGUUUAUGCUGGUAUCCUACUACCCUGGUUGCCCUGUAAACGGCUGCAAAAAAUUGGUUUUGAAAGCAAUACAAGACUAUUUGAGCCGCACCGAUUUAUUCGGCAGAGAUAAACAAGAGUCGCGGAGGAAACUUACCUCGCC